CUUUGGUGAAAGUCAGAAUGUUGCCUCGGCCUCCAGAUGAUGAGGAUGAAUGGGAUCCGACCAAGACGGAGACGAAAGGCAGCGCUCAGGGCACCAAGGGAGGCGUGAUGCGGGUGGACCUGGCGUCAGGCAACAUUCGCUUGCAGCCGCACUUCAACCCCUGGCAACGUAGGCACGAAAACGAGAUGCCCAGACAGACAGACAGGCGAAUCGUUCGUUCUCGGCUGGCCUUCUUGUGGUUUGUUGCUGCUUCCAUCAGCUUCUGAGGAGGCGCCGAUACAGGGAGGAGUGAGGGAUGAUACCAGAGAGGCAGCACGGCAUGCGUCAUGUGUGUGGUGUGAUGGAUGGCCUGCUGCAGGAUGAGCUCUAUGACCCUGAUGCCGAUGACGAAGACGCCACUUGGGUCCAGACACACCUACGUAAGCACAGGAAGCACCCGCACCAACAAUCGUGAUGGAUGCCCUCACUCGGCCACGUUUUCUUCUUUCCUUUCACUCAGGUCAUGGCAUCCCCCGCACGUCCGACGAGCCACCGCCUGACGAUGAGCCGCCAGAUGCUAACCAAGAAGCGCAAGAAGAAGAGGCCGAGAGGCAGGACAAUGCCAUGGCGGAAGAUGAGAAUGGUGACCGUGACGAGACGAUGGCGUCAGUGUUCGAGGAGCAUCGCGAGAGGCUGCCAUGGAAGCUGGCGCAGAAGGCGCGGAGGGAGGCGGCGUCCGCGUCGGAUGGAGUGCUCAACUGCAUGGGAUGCUUCACGCCUCUGUGCUACCAGUCGCAGCGGUGAUCCAUACACACACAACGACGGCAACACACACACACACACACACACACAUGAAUUCAAUGAGUGUGGAGAUCUCCCCCUCCCUUGCUGUGUCUUGUGUUGUGUUGGUGCAGGCACGAGAAAUAUGCCCAUCAGUAUCGCGCCAUCGAGGCCGUUCACUGCCGCAUCGACCCCUCCCACAUUCUCAACCCUGCAUCUCUCACACUCAAGCCACGUGCCCCGCCCGGCCACCCCGACAGCGGGCAGGAGGACGACCCGGUGAGUCCUGUGUUCUGCGCCGAGUGUGGGACGCUGGUCGGUGCGCACGAUGACGAGGGCAUCUACCAUUUUUUCCAAGUCAUCGCCAGCGAUGGAUGACGG